UGCAAAAAUUACAAUGUUAUAUAAUUAUGAUUGCUGAUAUUACAGGAUCCAUUACUAAGCACAGCAUGGAAUUACAAACAUCACAAGUAAAUCAUAGUACCAGUUCAUUAUCACAAGUGAUAUGUGACCGUAAUACCAUUGGACCCAAUCAUAGUCAUCACUCAAGCUCACAUAAUGUGCAGCACUUACACCAACCAACGUCACAUAGUACAUCUGCACUUCACCUACAUUCUUCACCUGCUGGGCCUUUAUCAGCAACAUCAGCCCAACACUUAGCUCAAAUACAAUCGCAUCAACACGAAAAUCCAUACUCGCAAGCCAUUCAAAGUGAUAAUGAGAAAAAUAAAGUACACAAGCUAAAUAUUUACAUUGGUAGUAACGGGUGUGAUGAUGAUUUGGGGACUAGUUCUUUAACAACAAAUAAUCCGAUAAGCGCUGAAUCUUCAACAAAUUCUUCAAACUUUAUGCAGCAAACCGCGGUAGAAUGGUUAAACGCAAUGAAUGAAGCUCAAACAUCUGUCGAAGACAACCAUAGUUCGCAAGGAAGCUUAUCUGGCGAUGGUCACGGUGGUGUAAAUCAACUGGGUGGCGUUUUUGUCAAUGGUCGUCCACUUCCCGAUGUGGUGCGUCAACGCAUCGUUGAGUUAGCACAUAAUGGCGUCCGUCCUUGUGACAUAUCACGGCAAUUGCGAGUUAGUCAUGGAUGUGUAUCUAAAAUAUUGUCAAGGUAUUAUGAGACUGGAAGCUUUAAAGCCGGAGUCAUAGGGGGUUCCAAACCUAAAGUAGCCACUCCCCCAGUUGUGGAUGCAAUUGCUAAUUAUAAACGUGAAAAUCCAACGAUGUUCGCUUGGGAAAUACGAGAUAGACUUUUAGCGGAAAGCAUAUGCUCGCAGGAUAAUGUACCCAGCGUGUCAUCAAUUAACAGAAUUGUUCGAAACAAGGCCGCAGAGAAAGCAAAGCAUGUUCAUCACCAUCAACCACAACAACAUAACAGUAGCUGUUCUGCAGGUAACAGUGGCAAUUCCAAUCACAAUGCAGUAGACAGUGUGGAAAACAAUGGCAAUGAUUUGAGUCACCACCAAAAUAGUUCUAAUAACUCAAGUAUUAACACGACAUCAGUUAUAGCACAUGCACCGGCCACCACUGUUGCAGCAGCGGUAACACAUUUGCAACAACACCAGCAACAGAAUAUUCUUAAUACAGCGGCAUCAACCACAACACUUGGUGGAAAUGGCAAUAAUAGUCUCAACGGCGUAGAACAUCGAUCGACAGGAUAUAGUAUAAAUGGGAUACUGGGUAUACACCACUCUACAGAUCCAAAUGGCAAUUGUAUUAAAAGAAAACGUACCGAUGAUCAUGACGAAAAUCGAGAUGUUAACAUGCCUUCAGAGGACGACAUAAAGAGGCAACGAAUAGCGUACAGUGGUGACCAAAUCUAUUCGAAUAUUUGGUCUGGGAAAUGGUGCAUCAAGGAUGAGCAUAAACUCCUCUCUGAAUUAGGUAGUUUGACUACGAAUAGUAAUACAUCCUAUUAUGACACCCACAAUAACUUUCCUGCAACAGGAGCCGCAGGAAACGAUGCAAUGAUUUAUGACAGUAUUACAUCAAUAUCGCAAACUCAAAAUUCGCUAUACACACCGUCCAUAGGUGCAUCCAUUGCAGCUUGCGGGUCCGUUGUGCCUACCACAGACUACACCUAUAAUCCGGCAUAUUCUCAGUAUGGAUCAGCGUAUGGGUCUUAUGGAUAUACAGCAGGCACUGGUCUCCUAAAUUCUUCUUACUACUAUGAUGGGAGUCAAAGUCAAACAACAGGCGCAUUAAAUCAAGAUAUGCGAUCGCCUUUGGCAGCCACCCGUGCUAACUCUUUGGCAUCUGCUGCAUCGCCGACUGGAAGUGCCUGCACGAAAUCGGAAACAUCAGACAUAUUUUUGGUAUAGUAACUUAAGAAAUGUAAAAAAUGGAAACUAAAACACCACACAUAUAAUCGAAAAUAAUAAUUGUAGCAAUAAUACUAACUUUAACUUAUAUUUAAGAUUAUAGAAGGAACAUUUAAAUUACAAUCACGAACUUAAAUGUAUCCUGUUGUAUUUUUGCAUCCCCGCAAAUAUAUUAAGAAGACCUAAAAUCUAAUAUUACCUUCGGCAAUGUCAAAUAAGGAUAGUAUCUUUCAAAGCGUACGAGUAGAAGUUCCGCCAAAUAACCUAAAAGCUCCCUUACUAAUCCAUAUGUACGGCAGCUGCUAACUCUACUGUGUAUAAAAAAGGAGGCCCGUUAAAAAAGGAGGUAUUUUCAUAUGCAUACAUAUACUUAAACUACUUCAUGAGGUAAAUGUAUUUAACACCUAUAGAUAAUUUCAUCAGUAGACAGAGUCCUUGAAGUAGUGUUACUUAAUUCUACAAAAAUUAUCUACUACUCUAAAUACGUAGGAUGUCAUUACCGAGUUUGCUUAAAAAGUCAAUUGUAAACUUUUGUACAAAUACCAAACACGUUUUUAAUAUAAGUUAAUAUAAGAAUGAGUUCGACAUUUCAUAGUAUAAUUGUGCCUAGCACACUUCGUAUCAUUACACUAUAUCAUCGUUAUUUACGCAGCACAAAUCUGCAACGCACGGAACUGCGAUGAGGCAAAUAUACCCUGCGCGAUAAAAUAUAUGACCAUUAAUGCUAUUGUUUAGAUAAUUUAGAGAUAAUAAAAAAGGACAGAGUUCUUUAGGAGUUGCUUUACAUACAUAUGAAGAUAUAUUAUCUCUGUUUCUCUUUGUCGACCACUGACGUAAAAUGAGAAAAAUACUCUCGAGUAUUCAGGAAUUUAAAUAUAUUAUAUAUAUAUAAAAUAGGGAAAUUCAACAGCGAAUUAAGGGGUUACAUGGGUUUUUUUUGGAAAAAGGUCUGCCAAAAUUCCAAUUAGAACUUUUUUGUUUUUCCUUCGCUCAAGUACGAGUUUAUGGUCUUAACUAAAACACAUAAAUGAUCCUGUCAGGAGUUAUGCUGACAACGCGGACGCACCUUUUCUUCGAGAGGUCACCGGAAAUGAAAAAUUAUUCUUUAAAUGUGUAUAUUUAAGACAGAAAAAGAUUUGAAUUAAAUAAAUAAUUUUUUAUAUAAAAAAAAAUAUUGAAAAUAGGCCGUUUUUUACCCGACGAAACCCAUGUAACCCCUUAAUACUUGUAUAACAGUUUGUCAUUUUGUCAAUUUAGAAAAGUAAUUGUUGGUAUUGAAUCGUGCUAUGUGUACGAAAUCUAGCUUCUACAUAAUUACAAAUUACAUUUACAUAAAUACAUUAUACCUGUUUUCUAUUAGUACAAGUGCCCGUUAAGUUUUUCGUGAUUGGUUAACGACUUAAAUCAAUUUUUUAUUUCAAUUAUCUCGACCUCAGUUCAAUUAUAUCCCCUAAAAUUAUUCAAUAUAGUUCAAUUACAUCUCAAGUGUACAAACGAACAAACACAAAAUUAAAUUACCUUGUUCUAAUGACAUCGGUUCGACUCAACUGAGAGUCUGAGGUCACACGUAAAAACCUUUUAUGCUCAUUAUCGGCAACUUCUGUUUUGAUUUUGCCUAGUCAGUUCACAUGGCCAUUUCGGAUCGGGUAACUAUCUGCUAUUCCCUUCAUAACAUAUUCUCGAAAUCGUGUACGCUUCAUUUACGCGGUGCGUAUUUCUAUCCUUAUUUUCAAAAUAUUUCCGUUAUAUAUAUACAUAUUUGCAUAUUCCAUACAAAAAAUAUAUGACAAAACUCAUAUUUAUGAAUAUAUUGUAAACCUUUUUCAGAAGUUGGAUACAAUUGCAACCAAUCAAAGAAUUUACAAUGAAAAGGAAUGCCGAACUAGGUAGCAGCGAACGCCCAUCUUAGUGCCUUUCCUCGUCGCCCCCUCGCGUACAAGUUUUCUCAAAUUAACAAGCACGAAGGAAAAUGGCUUUUUAUACGCCAAACUUUUUUGAGAACAUUUAAUUCCACAACAACUCCUGUUUUUAUUUCGCAGGAAUUUUAUUUUUUUUUUAAAAAAAGCAUGAUGUAAUGGAACUACUUGAACGUGUAUGCGACUAACCUAAACGUAGCUAAUAGUAGAGGACUAUCUAAGAAUGACUUUUAAAAGAGUCUAUUUCACCGUUAUCCCACAACCCACCGAAUUCUAUCCCUGCAUAUAAUUUACUCUAUUGAACUAUUCAUUUCAUACAGCAACAUUUUGCUAAGACACUUUUUGCCAAAGAUAUUAUCGAUUUGACAAAACCGGAGUUAAUAACUUAUACAGGAUAUGUAAUAAAUUGAUACUCCAGAACAUGAAAUAUAUAAUAAGAAACAAGUAAUAAAGAGCUAAAUUCGAGUGUAACCGAAUAUUUUAAGUUCUAGCAAUAUCCAAGGAUCAUUACUAUAUUCUGCUUCAUGUCCGAAAUAUUUAUAUUAAAAACAACCUAAUCGACUCACUGAGGAAAAAGUCAACAAGAACAAGUAAGGAAGGGCUAAGUUCGGAUGUAACCGAACAUUUUAUACUCUCGCAAAGUCAAAUAG